UAAUUCAUUCAAAUUUGAGUUUUAGAAUUUUAACAGAACAAAUAUUAUGGGUUCGCUGGUUUAUUUUAUAACUCUUAUCGCCUUACUAUGCCUCUGUUCAUUGAUGAAUAAGGCUGAAGCUAAUCAAUUUAAAAUUGUGGGAGGCUUCGAUGCCAACAUUUCGGAUGCUCCAUAUACGGCCUCAUUGCGUUGGGUGCACAGAGAAGCUCAUGCACUGGGCAGUGGACAUUUUUGCAGUGGAACUAUCAUUAAAAAUCGUAUAAUUCUCACAGCAGCUCAUUGUUUAUAUAAAAGGAGCCCCACAGAUGUUUCGGUUGUAGUGGGAUUCAAGUAUCUUUCCCGCGUAUGGCCGACAAUGAAGAAGCUGAGAAUCUCAUAUUGGACUUAUCAUGAAAAAUAUAAUAAUAAAAAAAGAGCAGUAUUCGAUAUUGGAUUGAUAUUCACAAUUGAAAAUAUAGAACCCGUUGAUGGGGCAGUCGCAUAUUUGCCCCUUAACACGUGGAAAAUAAGCACGGGCACUGAAUGUCUAUUGUCUGGAUGGGCUCGAAUUGAUCACAAAACACGCGAUAACGCAAACUGUCUGCAGGCACUGUGGCAAAGGAUAAUGGACAAAGAAAUGUGUUUUCGGAUCAUUCACAGACCUGGCGUAUUGUGCACCGACUCAGGGUCUCCGAUUGGGGCCAGUUAUGGUGAUUCAGGUGGUCCGUUGCGCUGCAACAACAAACUUGCAGGAGUUAUCUUUGCCACAAACUUCAGAGGUAUCGCCUUGUACGUAGAUGUACGGGCAUUUGUCGGCUGGAUAGAACAACGGAUUAGUAGUGGAAUAAUGCCACUUGGCUCGUUUUGCAUUGGGAGGCAUGUUGUUUUGGCCAUCAGUAUUUGUGUGGCCAGCUUCUGCAAGUCGGGCACUCUCGACUCAAACUAAGCCGAGUUAUUUCCGAU